AAACUCUUGAUCUGUCAGGUGAAUGACCGCAUGUGUGUGAUCGAGUAUAGCCGGCUCGCGGGGUUCAAAGCGUCAGAUCACUCUGCUUCGGGCGCUGCAUGCUGCGAAACGAGAUCUUUUCUGGUGAAGUUUGGGAUAACGGUACAAACAGCUGAACACGAGGAUGACGGCAGUGACGCUUGCUCUCUGCGUCCACGCUGCGCGAGCGGCCAUGCGGAGUUCCACGCGCACGAGUGUUUCAUGCUUUUGGCGACACGGACAAGUGCGCAGCCGCAGCAGUAACGCAGAUUUUCCUGGCAUAAAGGAACGAACUUUGGUAGCCGUCAAGCCAGAUGGUGUUCAGAGACGUCUGAUUGGUGAGAUCAUCAAACGCUUUGAGCAGCGAGGAUUCCGAUUGGUGGGUUUAAAGAUGCUGCAGGCUCCUGAGAAGUUGUUAGCCCAGCAUUAUGUGUUGCUGCAGAAGAAACCCUUCUACUCAAGCCUGCUUCACUACAUGACCUCUGGCCCUGUAGUUGCAAUGGUGUGGGAGGGGCAUAAUGUAGUGAGGUCAUCUCGCAUGCUAGUGGGGGACACGGAUCCAGCUGGGGCCGCACCUGGAACUAUUCGAGGAGACUUUAGUGUGCACAUCAGCAGGAAUGUUGUCCAUGCGUCUGAUUCAGUGCAAGGAGCAGAGAAAGAGAUUUCCUUGUGGUUCCAGAGCGCAGAGCUCAUCGAUUUGGAGGGAUGUGAUCACAGCAACAUUUACCAUCUAUAAAAGUGUCUGCAUCCAGAAAGAAAACGCAAGACUGUUUUUAAUUGUACUGUAGCACAAGUGAUGUCAUUACAAGUGACUACAAGUAAUGUAAAUAUGAGAUUAAAAGGUUAAUUUUAUUGUAACACUUAAAUAAAGUUUAAAAUUUCUGAAAACCUUUUAGAAUAUUUUUUUAAAUAAAGGCAAGUCUUUUUGAGAUGUACAACUCUUAGUCAAAGUGACUAAUUCAUUGUUUUAAAAUGUAAUGUUACGAUGGUAAGAAUGGAUUGCUGUGUGAAUAUAUUUACAUGCCCUCUGAAACAUUAUCCUGAGUGCUCUUUGGUGUUGAUAAGCUAACAUCAGAUGAAUUCUAAAGAAAAUUGCUUGCCUGUCUGCACUCUUGGCAAUAAAGCUCUUUUUGAUUUUGAUUCAUUGUACCAUUAUAAGGCAAAAGCAUAGGUUGACCACCAGGGAGUGCUAAAUCAGCUUUAGCACAUUUGCUUCAAUAGUCUCUACCUGCUAACACACAUGCUGCUGAAUCAGACUGAUUCGAUUCAGCGUUUUUGUACAGACAACGAAAAUGCAUUAAGAUCUAAAUGCCUCUUUAACGGUUUAGCCUACUUUUCAAAAAUACAAUAAAUCAAUGUGUUGUGGAAUUACACAAAAAUACACAUUUUAAGAGGCUGUCUUGACACAAUCAGAAUUUAGAAAUGCCAGGAAACAAAUAUAAACUAUUAUAAAAUGCUGUAAAUCUGUGAUUUUUAACCCUUGUAUAGUGUUCAUGCUUUUGUUACCCGGAGGUCUAGUGGGCGCACAGCAAUAUUUGGUUUUAAAACAAAAUUUACAUAUGUUUACUUUAUUCCAAUUACAACACAGACAGCAUGUUAAUAUUUGCAAUUUACCUCUGUUUGUUUGUGAAGGUCAUUUGUUUCCUGUAAAAAAUGUACUUAAAAGAAAAACGUCUGAUGAAACAUGUUGAAUAAAUAUAAAUUCUAAGGUUGCCAACAGGCCCGAACACCACACAAGAUUAAUGGAUGAUACUGGACUGGAUUAAUGGGAAGAGACAGUUUUUUCUUUCGGACCUUCUGGCCCCUACUGCCAAAAUAAAUAAAUCAAGACCGUCACAGUGACAGCUUUAGUUUCUCAAUAUACAUAUUUCAGAGACACAUUCAGGGCAUUUUGUCAGGGCCGCAUUAAGACUGUAAGGUGCCCCUGGGCUUUACCUCUUGAGGGGCCCUUCGUCCACCAGAAUUACAGCCUACAUUCACACAAUCUUAAUCACCACAUUUAUUUUGAAGAAAUAAAUGCCAUUAACAAAAUAUCUAAACCAAUAAGUCAUGUAAAAUAUACACAAAUAUCACUGCAUUAACUAUGCACGUAGUCCUAUAAUAAUACAGCUCCACAGAAUUCCCUUGUGUUUAUGUAUAAAAAAUAAAUGAUCUGAUUGUCUGAUAAUUUUUUUAUAGUUUUAAAAUACUAAUUACCCAUAUUAUUUUGUUGGAAACAUGAUUUUAAAAAUAUAAAGAAAAUAAUAAACAUUUUAACAAUUUAACUUAAGGUUCCAUAAUUAAUUAUUGGCACUACGUUUAAAUAGCAGUAGGUUCUGUUACACUAAGUGAAAAUAGCAGCAUUUCUUGGCGAUAUUGGGGCGGGAUUUAGCUAAGUCUGCUGCAGGAGAGAGAGUUGGAAGAGGAGCGGUGAGGGUCAAGUGCAAAUAACACACACCUGACUUGCUGCGGUGAGUGGCUUCGGGAGCCCGGUGAAAAGCAGCCAAAAAGCAGAAAGCUGAGAGAGAGAGAAACUGGUGUGAGGACUCGUGCACGUAUGCUGAACAUUGUGAGAGAGCUACGACCAACUGUCUUUAUUUUUAUGAAUGUUUGUGGAAGCGCAGGUUUUGUUUUGAACUUAUAAAGUUCAAAAUAAAUAAAUGCACAAGCCCCAGUAAAGCCGAACGUGUCUUCCUUCCUUUCUUUGAUAUGCUUUACACAAAAUAAAAUUAAUUAUUAGUUAGAUGCUAUUGACAGCUUACGUAUAUAUAGUGGUAGCUACUGUUUGCACCUCAGUAUUGUUGUGCAUUACACAUUAUGCAAUAAUAACAGAGCGUAAAUCAUUUCAUUUAUUAAAAUUAUUAAAAUAGUGGUAAACGUAUUGAGAUAAUAAAAAGCCCUACAACUAGCCCUAACUUUAUCCUAAAUGUUAUGAUUAAACACAUUAUUAAAUACUAAAUAUUAAAUACAUUCUUAAGUUUGUUGAAAACAAUUGUCUUCAUGAUCUGAUAUGUGAUGGAAAAAGGCAAAAUACCAAAUUUGGAAUCGAACCCGGGUCUCCGGCAUCAAUAAAUAGUUUCUACCAACAAGUUGGGCUAUUUGCACUCAGUAUAAAUUAAAUAGACGUGUGUGUGGUAUUAAAACAGCACACAGUUCUAUCAACAUAUAUAACAAAGUAAAGAAUAUGUUGGAAUUAGGAUGCUCAGUAUUAUUUCCAUGGUGCUUAAAAACCUUUUCAGUGUUUAGGAAAAAUGUUGAACACACAUUGAAAUAACUUUUCCUAGUCAGUGUUUGCAGCUCUUUCUCUCUCUCUCUCUCUCUCUCUCUGUCACGCACGCACGCACGCACGCACGCACGCACGCACGCACGCACGCACGCACGCACGCACACACA